UACUACUACUACAAACAAUCCUUGUAUCAGUCAGUCUGCAAUCUCACAUCAGCCUUUUGUUUCAGUUUCAUAAGCAUUCGAGCACGUUUUUAGCAAUUUGAAAUGGAUAGGGUAAGAGAAUUGGCAGCAAUGAAGGCAGCAGUAAUAUUCACAAAGAGUUCAUGUUUCAUGUGCCACAGCAUCAAUACACUUUUUUACGACCUUGGUGCAAGCCCUGCUAUUCAUGAGCUUGAUCGCGACCCUAGGGGGAAGGAAAUGGAGCGCGCUCUACAAUCGCUGGGGUGUAAUCCCACAGUACCAGCUGUGUUCAUAGGUGGAAGAUUUGUAGGAUCAGCAAGAGAUGUUUUAUCUCUUCACCUUGAUGGGUCUUUGAAGCAGAAGCUCAAAGACGCAAAUGCCAUCUGGUUGUAAUUAAUUGCUGUUUUAGACUUCAGUUUUGCUGUAUAUUUUUAGUUUUAUGAACUAUAAUAUGUGAAAUUAUUCCAAUGCUUUGUUUCAACAGGAAUUCUAACA